UAGAGUGAGAGAGAGAGAGAGAGAGAGAGAGAGAGAGAGAGAGAGAGAGCAGGCGAAAGAGGGAGAGUGCUACCGAACAAAAAAGAAAACGGCUGCUCUAACGCUUGUCUUUCGACUGCACCUACCUUUCUGGUCGUUUUCUUUCCAAAAGGAUCAAUCUCAUCAAUUUGAUGUUAUAUUAUUGUUAUUUUGUUUUAUGAGAAAGGGUUCGAUGGUCACGAAAAGCCAAGUGAAGCGUUCUGAAUGACUCCUUUCCUUGCGGACAGCGACUACGGUUAAGACGAGCUGCAGCUUAAGGUUCUUCGAUCUUCUGCCGACCCAGCAAAUACGGACCGUUGGCUUUGGGUAACUGCGGCGACACUGCAGGUCUUCAAAAGAGAUCUUGCGAAGAACCAGCUUUGGAGGAGCUUUUUGAAUGGUGAAGAAAAAAAAUUGAAAUAAAGGUCUAGAAGACAUCUCAUGUGCCAGCAAGGUCCCUGGAAAGUCCUUGUUAUUAGCAGAGGAUUAAAAAAGCUGUAGAAAUUUAAAUGUGGGCAUAGUUGUAUUGUAACCAAGCUCGAAGGUUCCAGACAAUCAUCUACAACAUGUUUGUUAGCCUAUCAGGAGCACUCUAAUAAUAAUGUCUAAAUGCAACAACUGAAGAAGUUAAUUGUUUAUUCUGAAAAAGAAGAAAAGAUGGGGCAACUUCAGUUUCGCACAGCCAGGCCAAGAAGUUGCUUCUUUGAGACUGUUAAGUAAUCCAAGGAUCAUCUCAAAUGCGGCCUUUUGGGUUGCCUGUAUCUAACAGAGUCAGUCUAGUAAAGCUUUUUUUCCAGAUGUCUUAUAUAACCUGAUCCCGAAAGAGUGGGUGCCAUCUCUGCUGUGCCAUUCUUACUUGUGGUUACAUGAAGUUGUGCAGCUCAGUGCCUUUUCCUCUGUGACAAUCAUUUACUCUUUCUUCUACCCACAAACUUAACUUGCUGUUGUAAAGUUACAUUGAACAGGACAUCAUUUUCAUUAACUUGGAAUAUUCAGUGUUGUGCCUUACCUUCAAAAUAUACAUUUAUUUUUUUUUUAUCUGUUGCCUUCUAAAAACAAAUAAUAUCAUAAGAGCAGAGAACUGUGCUGCAAAGUGUAAAAAGUAACAUACCCAGUUCCAAAUCUGGAUCAUAAAUAGUGGCCAAAAAUUUCCAGUUGUUCACAUUAUAGAGGUCAUGUGAAUGCUUUGACACUCAUACUACACCAACAUUAUGGAGGGGUUGGCUAGAUCAGCUGCUUGGCUUUGUGCCGAGCUGGAUUCUUCAGCAGAUCCCAGACUUCUGAUCCUUGAUUGUCGACCACGGAACUCCUACGAGGCAUGCAGGGUGCAGAGGGCUAUCAGUGUGGCCAUCCCUACCCUGCUACUGCGGCGUUUGCAUCGGGGGCAGCUCUCAGUACCUGCACUGAUUUGCAGCACCAAGGACAGAGAAUGUUUCACUCAGCGCUGCACUUCUCACACCAUCUUAUUGUAUGAUGAUGGUGGCCAAUCCUGGGUGGGAGAAGAAGAGGAUCUGAGCAGACUCCCCAGCUCACCAGAGGAACACGUGCUACCCAUCCUGUUAAAGACUCUCAAGCAAGAUGGGUGCAACGCUUACUACCUGAAAGAAGGCUUCAGUACAUUCCAAACUCUGUAUCCUCACCACUGCGAGAGCAACUCAUCCAGUUCCUGCUACAGUCAGUCCAGGCCUCCUGCACCAGUUCUGGGCAUGGGAGGACUCCGCUUGGGAUCUGUUGGCUCAGAGGCAGAUUCAGAUCCUGAUCGAGAUAGUCUCAGCAGCAUGGGAAUCGAGUCAGAUGAUCGGAGCCCCAGUGCUCAACCUGCUUUUCCUGUGCAGAUCCUGCCCAACCUAUACCUGGGAUGUGCCAAGCACUCAUCCAAUCGCCCCAUGCUGGCCAAUCUUGGGAUCCGUUAUAUACUUAAUGUUACACCAAAUGUGCCCAAUAUUUUUGAGAAGAAUGGUGAUUUUCGCUACAAACAGAUUCCAAUCUCAGAUCACUGGAGCCAGAAUCUUUCACAAUUCUUUCCUGAUGCAAUUGAAUUCAUUGAUGAGGCACUGUCUCAGAAUUGCGGUGUGCUGGUGCACUGUCUGGCUGGAGUGAGCCGAUCAGUCACUGUGACAGUGGCCUACCUCAUGCAGCGGCUAAACCUGUCUCUAAACGAUGCCUAUGACUUUGUUAAACGCCGCAAAUCCAACAUCUCUCCUAACUUUAACUUUAUGGGCCAGUUGUUAGACUUUGAGAAGACCUUACGCAGCCCUUGUGAUCGGGAAACUGAAGAUCUCCACCAGCAGGAGAAUGAGCCUGAAGCGUUCCUUCCAGGUACUGCAGAUCCUGAGCUGGGCUCACCCUCCACCCAGUGAAGGUGAAUGAUCUUCCAUCUAAGGAUAUAGCUAACCACUCAGAUUCAGUGGUGACUUGCACAGCUAUCACUAAAGAAUGAACAUCAUUUGGAAUCAUAAUGAAAUAUACAUUUAAUUGUGUUUUUGUUCCCAGCACCUAUGCUCAAAUUUGGUUCUAAAAGCACAAUCAGUUUCAUGUGUAGUGUUCUUACUGCAAACACUGGACGUUUCAUCGUAUACUUCUAGACUGCUUAAUGAUUACACAACAGAGUCAUUUUGAUUUUUUCACCCACUUGGUUAUGGUGGAGGAUAACAAUGAAGAUGAAAAUUUUGCUAACAUCAGGAGUGAAUUUGCCAAGAACUGAGUGUAUUAUAUAUGGGAAAUAGUGGGUGUCUGCCUUUAGAAAAUUCCAUGACGACAUUAUUUCCCUAAAUUUCAAAGGGCAGCCAUAAAAAUGUAACAUUUUGUGGUUGAGGCCAGUCCCAAAAGUAAGAAGCAUUUUACCUGCUUGCACCAACUUCAGAAAGUGUAUAUGGCUUGGGUGUCUGAUGAAACUCCCUGAUUUCCCACCAUUAUGUGAAGAAGGAAAUCGAUUGUGAAGACAAACCUGGACGUGUUGGAAAAGUGGCUGCAGUAAGAAUUCUUGAAGAUCACAGGUCUUCUCUUUCUCACUGUAAAAUAUCCCGUCCUAUCCACAUCAAUAUAGGGGUUCCUACUCAAUCUAAAAUUGUACAAACAAACUUAUCUUGAAAAAAAUCCUGGAAUACUACUGCUGUCCAAUACUAUGUUUUAUAUACCUAAAAGACACAAUAUAGUUAAAAGCAUGAGAAACCAGUUUACCUUUGUUGGUUCACAUGAUAUUUAUUAUGAUGGUCAUGUGCGAGUUUGUUUUCUCUUGCCUUUGACUCUUUAGGUGCCAUGCUAUAGUUACAGCUAGACAACAAGCCAAAGGAACAGAACAAUAAAGCAGAAAACAUGAUGAAUCAAUUAUCAAUUAAAAAUUAAGUUUUGCAGAACAUAUUUAAUAAAAAGGAAUGAUUCAUGGUUAUAUUAUAUCGAUGUGCAAUAUUUUGUGUUUAGUUUAAUCUUUCAAUUAAACAAUUUUUACCUGUUUGUAACAUUCCCCUAGCAAAAACAAACCCUGGAAAAAAAUGUAACUUUUACCAGCACAAUAAUCAUUACCCUUACCAUCACAACGGAAGUCAACUUCACCUUACAAGAAACAUUCCAUAUUCCUGCUCAUUAUAUUAUCAUCGUGUUAUCAUGUCAUUGUGUGUUCAUUAAGUAUCAUUUGUUGCCUAAAUAUUUGAUUUUAUUUUUAAACAGACGACCAACAAAUUACUGUUACAACAUGUUUUUCUUUAAAAAGAAAUGACGCUUAAGGGAAACAAUGCAUUGUCAGAAUAAGGAAGGAUGGUUCUUAAUGCAGUUUUGAGUGGUGGAGCAUUAAUAUUGAAAUGUUCAAUCUCCAUGUUUGCCGCCAAGCUCAGGACUUGUGUCUGUUAUUAUGAGGCGCAAAGGUUUUUUCUUUAUUACUUUUCACAGUUCCACUGUAUUUGAUAAGAAAACUUCUUAGUUUAAUCAGGCUGCUGUCACUUAAAACACUCUAGAAAUGCAAUUUGUAUUGGUAUUAAAUUUAAUUAUAGUAUUUUUCUAGCCAGCUAUUUAUUUUUACAUUGCAGGUGUAUAAGACACAUUGUUUAACUUUCAUCUUCAUAGACACUCAUGACAACAAAAUUACCAAGUCCAAGUCUUGACUGUUAUUUACUCCAUGCAGAAGGUCAUGAAUUCUGUAAAAAUGUUUAGCCUUAUUACUACUUACUGUUGAACCAUUACAUUUUAAAAUUAUUUUUCUUUUGAAAAUAAUAGAAAAGCAUGACAUAUUCUUUGCAAAGUACAAUCAAAAAUAAGUCCAACUUUAAGGCUGCAUGUGACUUUAAAUGUAUAAAACAACAUAGCAUAGCAAGGACAACACACAUUCCAAAAUAAUUGGUUACAUAAUUUCCUUCAGUUGCAGUACAGGCAGAUUUAGUGACUUGCUUAGGAUCACACAGUGGAUCUGUUUUUAAAGGCCUAGUGUGAAUAUAUUGAAAAUGUUGUGAUGGCAUCAGAAAUUUAACAGUGAACUACAAAAUUGCCUUCUGGGCUGCUAGACUUGUCUAAGCUCAAAAGGCUAAGUGAUUGUUUUUGUAGUCUGCAAAAGGAAAGAAGUUCAAGAGGUUGCACAUUUGCAUCCUGAACCAAAGUGCAGGACUUUGAUGUGCUAGUAGAAUCCUACAGUAUCAGGAGCAGAUUUACGCAGAUGGUGAUUUGCACAAGUGAGAGUGUAACUGUUGUUCAUUCCAGCCUCUUGUAGAUUCAAUAGCUUCACUCUCCUUAGAGAUAACAGCAACAGAAGCCUCCAAGAUCAAAGGGAUACCCCAAUAGCUCUCUGGUCUCAUUUAUGAGCAUCACAGAGAAAACAACAAUGUGUAAUAUUUUUGGAUUUAUACCCUAGAGGACUAGGAAUCAUUAAAAUCUUCUACACAAAGCCAUCCCUUUAUGUGGAUGUAGUUAUCACUGCAGAAGGGCCACACUGAUACUGACUGUGAAAUCGGACUUCACUACAGUAUGACUGCGCCCAGGGUCCUUCUUGUGACGAGUCAUCUUUGAACAAAAGGAUUGGAUAUCUUAUAUGAACAACCAACAAAAAUAAACAGAUGCCAGUGU